AUGGCUGACACGUUUAAAGUCCCACCUUUACCGUCAGAAGAACCAAAAGAAGAUGAUACAGUCACUUCAUCAACUGUUGAACAAGAAGAAACUUCACAUGCACCAUUCGUCAAACCAGAAUUACCACCAACCAAUUUUUCAGCACCAGUUCGUCAUAAAAAUUUACAUUAUACUGUACCUGAAUCAUCUACAGUUCCACCAAUAGAAUAUACACUUGAAGUAUUACGAAAUGGUUCUAUUAUUGAUUAUAUUGCACUUUCUAAUCGUCCAUAUACAGCUUUCGGUCGUUCACCGGAUAGUGAUGUUGUACUUGAACAUCCGACUAUUUCACGUUAUCAUGCUAUUGUACAAUAUAAAUCUGAAUUUGAACAUGGUCAACCAGCUGGUCUCUAUGUAUACGAUUGUGGUAGUACACAUGGUACAUUUGUUAAUAAAAAACGUCUUGAACCAAAAACUUAUGUACGCAUUAAAAUUGGUUUUAUUAUUAAAUUUGGACAAUCAACAAGACUUUACCUUGUCCAAGGUGAUACAUCAGCUGAAGCCGAAAGUAUUGAUACGUCUGCUGGUGAUGAUUUAACACAUGAAAAAAUGAAACAAUUUCAUGCUAAACGAGCUAAAGUGCUUGCUGCUGUUCGUGCCAAACGAGAAAGUGCUGCUAAUGAAGCCAAUACUGAUGAUAACAUUGAAAUGGAUUGGGGUAUGGGAUCAGAAACCGAUGAAUCAGCUGCUGCUGCUGCUGCUGCUGCUUCUACAACUACUGCACCUGUAGUUUCUAAAGAAUCAAUUCAAGAAAUUGAAGCUUUUCAACGUGAAGAAGAAAAUAAAAAACGUGCUGCUAUUGAUGAUCUUAAAAAUCGACUUGAAUAUCAACAAGCACAAAAUGACAAAAAUAUACUCAAAGAAAUUAUGUCACGCGUCGGUGAUCCUUCAAAAGACGACGAUGAUGAAGAUGGUAACAAGAAAAAAGAGCCAUUUUAUCUUAAAGAACCCAAGCGUACAUUAACAGCAUUUUUCGAGCGUGAAGGUGCUGAACUUACCUAUGAUGUUGAAGAUCGUCAAUUCGGCUCCUUUCGAUGUACAAUUAAAUUGCCUAUUGUUGAUGAAUAUGGCCGUGCUGUUCAAGCUGAAUGCGAACAAAAACAUUGUAAACGUAAAGAAAUUAUUCAAGAAUGUAUUAUUGAAGCAUGCCGUAUACUUGAUGAUCACGGUGUUUUACGUGAAGGCACAGCAGCAUCCUCUCUAAAUACGCCACGUGUACAGCAAAUUAAACGAAAAUUACUUGAAGAAAAUGAUUUUUAUGAAGAAGAUGAAGAUACAUUUUAUGAUCGUACAGGUGAAUUAGAAAAAAAACGUCUUAAACGUAUGGAAUGGUCAGGCCUUCUAAGUAAUGAACCACAAGUUGAAUCAUUUGAAUCACUUUGCUUAAAAUUAACAAAUCUUUAUCAAGAACAAGUCGAUCUUGAGCAUAAAUUAGAAAUAGCCAAACAAAUGGAAGACAAUGCAGCAAAAAAUGCAGCGAAUAGUGAAAAAGAUAUUGAUGAAAUUGAUUUAUAUAUACGUCAAUUAAAACAAGGUGAAAAAUUAAAUCUCAAAGUUAAAUGGCAAUGGAGAAAACGCUUGUUAGAAAUUGAAAAUGAAGAACGACAAUUUGCUAAAUUACUUAGAGUAUGUAAACCUAGAGAAUUUAAUAUUCAAUCAUGGCGACAAAAAUUACGUGAAGAAGCCAAACAAAAUUUAAUUGCCAAACCAUUACCUAUACCAUCAUCGCAAUUACCUCAUCUUCCGAAACCAGUAAUCGAAACUAAACCUACAAUUCAAAAAGAACAAAUGCCACCACCGCCACCGGUGCACUCACAAUCACAAUCAGCAGCAUCAUCAUCAGAAGACGUUGAAACUGUUCAACCUGUUGCAGAAGAAAAAAAUAUUACCGUUGAUCCUAUUCCAGUAAAAAAACCCAAAAAACAACGAAAACCUGUUCAUUCGACUAGUAAUUCUAAAGAUCAAUAUGAUGAUGCUGAUCAUUAUUCUGAAGAAAAAUUUGCUGAAUGGAUGCCACCUGAAAAUGAACAAACAGGUGAUGGAAGAACAGCUCUAAAUGAAAAAUAUGGCUAUUAA